GGUCGCGAGAAAGACGUCGCCGCCGCUCCAAAAGUCCGCCGGAUCGUAGAUCAAGACCAGCGUACUGGUUCUGAUUCCCGUCCGGAAUCUGACGCUCUUCGCAAUAAAGACGAGCCGCUAGUUAUACCAUGGAACCCGUCGCGUCCUGUUGCUAGCUCUUCAAUAAACGAAAAUAAUAAACCCGAUUUCGAAGCAAAGGAACGUAGUCUCACUCCACCAGCACAGGCUGAAGGUCCUCAGAAUCUACCACCAGGGGCAGCUGUUGAUUUGCUUCUUCAACCUCGUCCGAUGGCCCCUAUUAGACCAAACAAACCUACUGUUGCUUUCGGCAAUGUUCCUCGGUAUCCUCCUAACAACUUCGGCAUUGCCGGUGCUCCGCCGCAAAAUUGCUUUCCGCCCACUGGACUUCAAUAUGGAACUCCGACCAUGCCACCAGGAUACACACAGCCACCUCCAAUGAUGAUGACUCGGAUUCCGUCCGUUAUGCCUCUACCCGGGUCUGUUCCCUUCCCAAACAACUGUGCGCCCCAGUUGGGAAACUUACCCGCCGUUUCAAAUUAUCCCUUGAUGGCCCAGUCCGGUCUGUUUAGCAGUGUUGUUCCACCUCCGCCCCCACCGCCUCCACCUCCUCCCCCGCCCCCACCUACGUUUGCCCAACAACUUCAAGCACCACAACCGUCCAACCUGCUGGAGACCCUGAUGAGUAAGGCUGGUCUACCUCGCGAUACUUUGAGUGAAUUAACCAGCUCUCAACAGUCGAACAAUGAGAGCACCGAGAAAACUGUCCCCGAUAGUUCUCCAAUGAAGCAGAUCAAUAAGCUCUUGAGCAGCGCUGCCAAUUCUCUGCUAAACCAGCUUGCUGGAAAUCAACGCAACUCGACCAGCAAUCGCAGUCCGGAUCAACUUCCACCUCCUCCUCCACCGCCCCUACCAAGCGAUAGUAAUGAACAGACGUCCACUUCGGUAUUUAUGGAUCACGGUUUUUCCUCAACUUUUGUCCCUCCACCUCUUCCAACUUUGUGUAAUACAGAGCAGUCACAUCAAGCCGAAACCUCAGCAUUGUCGAAUGGUGAUAAAGCCCAACCCACUGCAGCCCAUAAAAAUCCGUUUGAUGGCAUGAAGUUAGAGGAUGUACUUGCUAAACGGAAACGAUACGACUUUGCUACACGAAGAGAGUGGCAAGAACGCAUUGCUCUCGAGGUAAAAGCAAUUCUGAAACCUGCCUACACAUUGCGGCGAAUAACCAAGGAUGAUUACAAGGAAAUAAUGAAGAAGGCCGUGACGAAGAUAUCCCGUUCGGGUACUUCCUCAAUCAAUUCUGAAAAAAUCAACGCUUUUGUGAAACUCUAUAUUGACAAGUACCAUCGUAUGCACAAAAUCAAGGCUCGCAUGGCUGCCAAACAACCUGUACAGUGA